AAUAUGUGUGAUGUGUAAUUACACUGUCUGACCAGCAGGGCGCAGCGCUGAGUCCUCUCUGAUGUCGGAGGCCAAGGUUCUCGGAGUGCUGGGGCCUCAUCUGAACAUCACCAACCUGCUGGGGGUCUGUGGUCCCCCAGGUUCCUUCUUCCUGAUAACUGAGUUGUGUGGUCACGGUGACCUGCUUGACUACCUGCACCGUCACAAGCACAGCUUACUGACCGACGAAGUCCCACACCUAGACAACAGUGAGGCCGUAGAGGGAGGUUAUAUGGACAUGAUGAAUGGAGAUGCUCAGUGUGUUGCCAUGGAGACGCUUGGCGAUCCAUCCCACCCUGAACUCAACCCGAGCCCUGAGGACCCGCUGUGUGGGGAUGCUGAUCCUGGUCGUCAUGGUGACUCCUCUAGCCUCACCCUUCAGGACCUCAUCAGUUUCAGCCACCAGGUGGCCGAGGCAAUGACCUUCCUGUCCUCCAAGAACUGUGUCCAUAGGGACCUAGCAGCCAGGAAUGUGUUGGUGUGUGGGGGGGGGCUGGUGAAGGUGGGAGACUGGCGUCUGUCACAUGACCUCCACAAGGAUCCAAGCUACGUCGCCCGCGGCAACUGCUACCUGCCAGUGAAGUGGAUGUCUCCAGAGAGCAUCUUCCAGAGCGUUUACACCACGCAGAGCGACGUCUGGGCCUACGGAGUUCUGCUGUGGGAGAUCUUCUCUCUGGGGGAGGCUCCAUACGCAGACCUGAGCUCCACCAACAAACUGUGUUCAGCCCUGAAGACCGGAUACCGCAUGGCCAGACCCAAACAGGCUUCCCAGGACCUAUACCAGCUGAUGAUUGGCUGUUGGAAGGCGGAGCCAACCUCCAGACUCUCUUUUACUUCUUUAGCCGUUGCUACUGGCAACGUGCUGGACCACGCCCACAAACAGCUGUACUCCCAGCUGAAGCAGAACUUCCUGAGUGGAGAGAACACAGCGAUAACCAGAUCAAGAGCCGCCAGGACAGACAAACAGCCUGGUAACCUAGAGGACCACCCCCCUGAGGUUUUGGUCGACCGAACAAGUACAGAGCUCCCGGAGGCUGGCUCCUCCCACAGCUACCUGGUAACCAUGGAAACCAGUGCCCGGGUGCAGGCAGGUCCUGAAAACCUCCAAACCCCCCUGGCUGUUAUUGAGGCAGCUCCAGAAUCCCACGAUGCCUCAAUGGUGGAACAAACAUCAGACCUGAUGGAUGCAAGAUAAGAGUCCCCCUGGUACAUAUCUCAUCUACUUCAAGAUAAGAGUCGCCCUAGGACAUAUCUCAUCUACUUCAAGAUAAGAGUCCCCCUAGUACAUAUCUCAUCUACUUCAAGAUAAGAGUCGCCCUAGGACAUAUCUCAUCUACUUCAAGAUAAGAGUCCCCCUAGUACAUAUCUCAUCUACUUCAAGAUAAGAGUCCCCCUAAUUAAUAACUCAUAUUCUUCAAGAUAAGAGUCCCCCUAAUUAAUAACUCAUAUUCUUCAAGAUAAGAGUCCCCCUAAUUAAUAACUCAUAUUCUACAAGAUAAGAGUCCCCCUAAUUAAUAACUCAUAUACUUCAAGAUAAAAGUUCUGCUAAAUCGGAAUAAAGAACAUAUACUACAAGAUAAGAGUUCUCCUGAACCUGAAUAUUGAACAUGUACUACAAGACAAGAGUCCUCAUGAAUUACCAUCAUUGUUAUCAUUGUUGUUUUAUUAUUAUGAUAACUAUCAUCAUCAUUGUUAUGUAUAUCAUGUUAUGUUAUCAAGUAAUGUGCUUUAUAAUAUUGUUUUGAGUUGUAUUAUAAUUGUUUGGAGCUUAUGAAUGAUAACAUGAGUUAUGGUUACAUAAUGAGAUAUUGAAAGCUAUCUACAUAUGAUAAUGUAUGUUAGGGUUAGCUGAUAUCUAAAUGAUAAAUAAAUAUCAUAAACGAUAAUAUAAGGUUGGGGUUGAUGAUAAUUAUGUUUGCAUGCCACUUGUUAUAGUUUACUGAAAAUUAAAAUAAAAAUGUAAUCAAAACACAGUGUGAUAAACACACACA